AAAUGUUUGUCGGUUAUUAGAAAAUUGAUGCAUUUUAGCACAGCAGAUAUGAUUCAGUCUUUACUAAGUGUAACAAACAUAUCAAGGAGCUUGUGCUUCAUCACCAUCUACAUCUACACCUUCUUCCACUCGUCGCCAUUCCACCAGAUCCAGAUCAUUGGUGACUACUGGAGGUGCAUCUAGGAAGGACCAGGCUCAAGAUAGUAAUACAAGCUCUUCAAAAGGAAAGGGCAAGGCUGUUCUGAAAUCUGCUCCAGAUGAGACAAGAUGACCUCAAACAAGAAAUGCUGCAUUCAGAAGAGCAGCUUCAGACAAAGAUGCCCAAAUGAAACCUGCCCAUGAGGACUCUAGGUCUGAGUAAUACUCACUGGUUGCACAACUGAACUGAAAGACGCCAUCGUUGCCAGCAUUUCAAGAGGAAAGCUGGUUUCCUACGGUGCUCUCUCCGCCAACAGGAUCCCAUGCCCACCUCGUUCCGGGAGGUCACUACACUCAUAACUGCUAGAAGGCUAGAGGCCCUGUCCAUCCACACAUCAGAGGGUGAUCUUGCUGCGGCCAGCACCUCUGGCGCUCGACAACGACACACACCGACUGACCAUGAUUAAUGGCGAUCGGCGAUGGCGACUUUGCAGCGGCAACCAGUGUUUUUUGCAAUUUGUAGCACUUCCAGGCUUUGCGGUAGGCGAGUUUGCAGCGACGGCGAGUUUGCAGUGGCAGCCAGCAUUUUUUGCAAUUUGUAGCACUUCCAGGCUUUGUGGCAGGCGAGUUUGCAGCGGCGGCCGACUUGCAACAACAGGCAGUUCUAAAGAUUUGGAGAUUGAUUGCGAGUGUUUUUGACACCUAGGAGCAGUUCUAAAGAAAUUCUCAGAAAUUGAAGAAAAAACAAAGUUUUGAACUUUUUGCUUGGUUGAAGCUUAGGGAGCAGCAUUUGGCAUGGUGCUUAGGUACAAAUUAAUGUAAUUUUUUUGAUCAAUUAGGUAAAAUUAAUAUAUAUUGAAGUCUUUUACAGAUCAAUCUUACACUACAAGAAAAUCGGCCAAAGGCGGCGGUCUUAAGGACUGCCGCUAGAGUGACAUCUCAGGAGGCGGUCUUCCAAAGACCGCUACCUACAUCGAUUUUAGAAGCUAAGGCGGUGGUCCAUAAGUAUAUGUCCGGCAGAUUUUACAAGAGACCAAAUUUAAACCGGUCUAAUAGACUGUAUGGGAAAAACGCGCGCGAGAGCCAAAAAUCUUCAUUCUCCGUUCAACAAGACAAAGGUUCUUUGCAAAGAGAACCUUGAAGAGAAAUUUUGAAGAAGACCACACACUCUUUCUUCACAAGCAAGAAAAAUAGGAGAGGAGAAUCAUUGUUCAUAGAAAAGUUGGACAAGAAAUCUAGGGUUACAAGUGUUCGUUGAGAAGGGGACAGCUACUUUGUGCGGCUGAAGGGGAAAUUUCUGGGCGAUAUCCAAAACGUGAACCUUGUUCGUUUGAGCAGAGAAGCAUGAAUAAGACCUCUCUGUCAACUUAUCUCUCUAAGAAAGGACACAGUAGAUCAGUUUCAAGAAGCAGGAAGAGCACCACUGUGAGGGCAUCAGCAUCUUAGGACUCUACUGAGUCAGCUGCUCUGAUUGCGCCUCUUCAGUUGGAGUCUCCUGUUGGGUAGUUCCUGGCUCAGAUUCUAAGAAGCCACCCUCAUCUGGUGCCUGCUGCUGUGGACCAACAGCUCGAACAACUUCAGACUGCUCGCGAUGCUGAGAAACAAAAGGAGUCUGCUUCUUCAGGGACCGACCUUGUCUCGUACAGGGUAAUGCUUAGUAGAAAAUUUUAUAGACCGAUUAAGAACAAGUUGUGUAGGCUUCAAGUGAGAAACUAAUUGACUUUUUAAUAUAUUAUUAGGAGAAUAGCUAGGGUUAAGGCCAAUGAGAGGAGAAAGGCUCUAGAAGAGAUUUUAUAUGCAUUAAUAAUUCAGAAAUUUAUGGAUGCAAAUGUUUCUUUGAUACCUAGAAUACUGUUGUCUGAUCCUUCUGGCCGAGUAGACACAUGGCCAGAUCAGGAGAAGAAGCUUGAGCAGCUCCACUCCCCAGAAGCCUAUGAGAUGAUCUAGAAUCAUCUGGCUCUUAUAUUGGGGAACAGAGUAGCAGAUUCUAGUACCAUUGCACAGAUAAGCAAGCUCAGGGUUGGACAGGUCUAUGCUGCGUCGGUGAUGUAUGGAUAUUUCCUCAAGUGGGUUGACCAAAGGUUCCAGCUUGAGAAGACAAUGAAGAUUCGUUCUAGCUUGAGAAGACAAUGAAGAUUCUUCCAUAUGCAUUAGAUGAGGAGAGUGACACUGAUAUGCAAAAGAUGCUCAGUGCAACAAAACAAUAGAACAGAAUAUACAGGACUUUCACUCAAGUCUCAGGAACUAACAGCUAUAUCUUUAGCUGUUAGACUAUACUGCAGUUUUGUCAUGGAGUAUGAUAUACACACAAUCCUUGAUUCAGCUACACUUGGGACAACCCUGUGGGUUAUUUAUAUGAUUUGUUUUAAACUAAAAUCUAAUUACAUGGAGGACAAAGAUAAUUUUGCCAUAUAUUAUGUGGUGAUACCUUGUGCUCUAUUAGAUCUACUUGUUCAUCCAUCAACAACACAUCAUCUUUUUAACAGGAUUGCUUGGGCCUUUUGUGUAUAUAUGGAAGUUGUUUCAGUAUUACCACAGCUGCGUGUCAUGCAGAACGCGAAGAUUGUUGAACCAUUCACAGUUCAUUAUGUAUUUGCAUUGGGAAUUGCAAGGUUCUUGAGCUGCGCUCAUUGGGUCCUCCAUGUUAUAAUUUAUGCAGUGCUGUAUUUAAAGCUGAGCAGAGCUUGGAUGUCUGUUGGAGUCAAUCAGGAGAAUAAAGCACAAAGAUUAUUAGAUAUCUUAAAAUGUGAUAGAAGUGGAAAGAAAGGAGGAUGUGUUAUAUUAUUUGACAAAUUGAUUUUUUUUUGAAGUCCUUGUAUUUUUUAUGUCA